CUGCUUCCUUGAUUGUCGUUUUAGACAACCUUUUACAUCCAUCAAACGUUCAGUAAGAGAGUGAAGAAGGGCAAAAAUAUGUCCUCCUUAAAACGAAUCACAAUUUUAUUGUGUUGCUGAUGACGGGCGGCAACGUAAGUGGAUGAUUUAGUCUAUUCACUGUUACCUUUGGGCGACCCAACUCGUUGGUAGCCCCGUGCCGUAGCACAAGAGUAUGAACUCCUCAUCAACAAUGACGCUUCAGCUACUGCAGCUUCAUUCUCACUCUGCCAACAAACUACAGAUUCUUUUUAAAGUUUUGCUGCUCGAAGCUGCUCGAAGCAGUUUGGAAAAAGAGCUUCGCGUCAUCACGAACAAGGUAUAUGAAGAUGUCAAAGUUUUCCUGAUGUCGUCUUUUUCAACAAGUGUCUACAAUGACAUCUGCAAGGCUUUAAAUGAGAAAUGUCAAUUAAUAGACAGAGUCUCAGUUCUACUGAAAGACUUAACAUUUGAGUCAAGAAUUUGUCUGCAGCCUUUACGCAAAAAUGGGGUAACAACAAGCCUAUGCCAACCAUCGGGAGUGAGAGGGAUCCUGUGUGAUAAUGCACUCUGGUUUGGACCAAUGUUGCAGAACUCCAUUAUGGCCACUUCCAUAAUCGAAACAGUCCAGAUGCUGAGAGCUAGACAGGGUUUUCAAUGGCUGACAAGAUUCCCCACCCCUCAGCUCAGAGCAGUAAAGGUGGAUACAAUGCCUGUUGAAAAAUGCUCAAUUGACACUGUCUACACAUCAUUGAGCCAGGACGCUAAAGGACAAGAAAUAAAAACACAGCUUGAGGAGAAAUGCCAAGCGGAGGCUACAAUUAUUCCUUCUGCCCUCAUUAAGAGCCCAAAGGUCAACACCGAGCCAACUGCAAAGUUUAUUUGGGGACUUCAAGAUGUCCAUAUGCAAUGCAAAAAACAAACUACCACCCAACUGCUGCACUUCCUAAAAGCACAAGCCAAAAGUGUGGAGUCACUCGAGGCCUUUGUCAUCACACAGCCAUCUGUGGCAACACAAAGUGAAGGUUCUUCUAUCAGACAUGUGUCACAUGAGCAGAAUGAUGCAAAAGCGCCAAAGACACUGCUGACAGAUACGGUAAACCACAAGCCUGUUUUCAGGCUCAAAAGGGUGAAUUCAAAUGGCUUGCUUACAUAUGCUUGUGUGAUCGCGACCAACACUGAAUUGUGGGAUUUCCAAGAUGUUGAAACAAUUGUCACAGCAGGCGAGGCCCAGAGAAAAUCCAUGAACUGGUGCUCAGACAAUAAAGCCUGCCCAAGUGAAAUAUUUGAGGGAGACAAGGCGUGCACAAUUAAAAACCUAACACUCCCAUAUGAACAUUGUGACUAUUAUUCUCCAAAAAAGCCCCAAACUGAGUCGGCAAACAUUCCAGAGUUCCAGGUGCGAAAGUUUGAGGAACCUGAGGUUGUUGUGUCUCAUGUUGUAAGUCCGAGCAACUUCUACAUCCAGCACGUUGACUCCAUCACCAAGCUGCAGGCGCUUUUUAAUGGCAGCUGGGAAUCCAGUAGUUCAUAUGCUGAGCAGAACUGCAUUCCAGACAUUGGAGCCCAUGUAAUCGCCCGGUUCCCGAAGGAAGAACAAUGGUGCAGGGCUCAGGUGACAAAGAUAUGUGGUGUAAACAAAGAUGAAGCCACUGAUGGAGCCGAGGAUGAGGCUUCCAUCAAGGUGGAGGUGAGAAGGCUGGAUCAUGGCGACACCGCCUGUGUCUCACUGUGUAACCUCAAGGAGCUGAGCGCAGGAAUGUGCAAAUUACCUCUCCAGUCAAUGCAAGUCUCCAUGGCAAAUGUGAUUCCUAAAAAUGGGACAGACUGGACUGAGGAAGCAGUUGAUUGGUUUAGAGAGAUGGUGCACAACCGGACGUUCUAUGCCAGAAUUUACACAGACGGGCCCGGCGUGUCAGUUGAGCUUUUCUUGGAAAAGGGGAAGCUUGGAGCUAUGAGGAGGGGGCCGCCGUUGUCUUUGCGACUAGCCCAGAACGGACAUGCAAAACACAGCAGCAAACUGAAGAAUAUGAGUUUACCAAAAGACAACCGUGCUCAAGUCCAAUGGAGAAAACAGGAUUCAGACUGGGAGAAGUACCUCAUCUCAUACUACACUCAGCAGAAAAACUAGCUGACAGUAAAAGAGGGAACGUCUCCAGUUUUGUAUUCAGUAAUGUCUUAAAAUAGGUGAUAAUGUUCUGCUCUUUUAUUUGCAAUGUAACCCUUUUAUUGCAUUCUCAUGUUAACUGAGGCCCAGCCAAGAAUAAAAAAA